AUGUCAGCUGAGAAGAGUUCCGUCGGGGAGAAGAUCCGAGUCUUCUUCCUGGGUGACGAAGCAAAGAGCAGGGAAGAGAGAAAGCUCGUGCAGAAGAUUGACUUCUUCAUCCUUGUCGCCGGCCUUCGUGAGGCCCUGAACAUGAAGGGCCAUGACUACAACACGGUCCUCUCGGUUACGACUGCAGGAAUGGCCAUUGGCCAGAUUCCUCAUGGAUUGAUUAUUCAAAAGAUUAAGCCCCGCAUCUGGCUUCCGUCCAUGGUCGUUGUCUGGGCUGCCCUGACAAUGAUCAGUGCAGCAUGCAAGACAGUCACUCAGCUUUGCGUCGUCCGUUUCUUCCUUGGCCUUGCUGAGGCAAGCACGUACGCCGGCACCAUCUACAUCAUCGGCUCCUGGUACAAGCCAAAGGAGAUCUCCAAGCGGACAGCCAUUUUCACAGCAUCCGGUCAGGUCGGCACUAUGUUUGCUGGCGUCAUGAUGGCGGCCAUCUACAAGGGCAUGGGAGGACUCGGUGGUCUUGGCGGCUGGCAGUGGGUUUUCCUUAUUGAUGGCAUCAUCACGCUUCCCAUUGCCUUCUUCGGUUUCUUCUUCUUCCCUGACAUCCCGGAGAACACCAAGGCGACUUACCUGAGUGAGUCCGAGAAGAAAAUGGCUGUUGCUCGUCUGCCUCCCAUCAAGGAAGGAGGACAUAGCAUCAACCCCUUUUCUCUCAUGAAGCGCUUGUUCCUACAGCCCAUGUUUUGGAUCUUGGUUUUCUGGUCUCCUGUCUGCGCUACCCUUGAGGCCUAUGCCGUUCAGAACAACUUCCUUAUCUGGCUGAAGUACCAGUCUUCGCACUUCACUCAAAGUCAAAUCAACACCUACCCACUCGGUGUGCAGGCCGUCGGUAUCGCGUCCAACAUGUUGGCCGCUUGGCACAUGGACGCUACCGGUACCCGUGUCCCCAUGGCCGUGUUGGCUAUCUUCUUGCAGCUCAUCUGCGCCAUCAUGCUUCUGGUCCCAACCCUCCCAUUUGCUGGAACCUUCUUCGCCUUCUACCUAUCCGGCACGGCGUACAUGGUCAACCCGUUGAUCUUUGGCUGGGCAAGCAUUAUUCUUCAGCGCACUGGCGACGACGCGGUCCGCAGUGUGACAGUCUAUUGCAUGAACGUUCUCUCCUUGACCUUGUAUACGUUCUGGGGUAUCGUAUUCUACGCGGCUGAUGAGGCCCCAUACUGGAAGAAGGGUGGUAUUGUUAUGAUUGUUUGCUGCUUCGUCAUGCUGGGCUAUGUCUUUGUUGUUCGGAAGCUUGACAUUCAUACACUUGAGAAGUAUGGAAAUCCCACGGCCGGGGACUCAGAGGCAUCGCCUGAGGUCUCCGCUAAGACCUCGGGUAUUGAGUUGACGGACAGCUUGGAGGGCAAGAAGAAUGUCAGCUCCGAGAAGGUUGUUACUCUGUAA